AUGAAUGGUUUGUCAGGCCCGGAUUACUUUGGGACUGGUACAUUUUUUCGUCGACGCAUAUUCUAUGGUGCCCCAUCAUCAUUUAUCGAACCAGAAAUUGAGGAAUUGAACCCAGAUAAUUUUGUUGAGAGGAGUAUAAAAAAUCUUUCAAUUUUAGAGCUAGCCCACCAUGUAGCAGGUUGCAAUUAUGAGAACCAGACCAAUUGGGGUUCCAAGAUUGGGUUUAGAUAUGGCUCGUUAGUCGAGGACUAUUAUACCGGUUAUCGGCUUCAUUGCGAGGGAUGGAAGUCAGUAUAUUGUAAUCCCGAAAGAGCAUCGUUCUUGUGCGAAAUGCCACUAUCCCUUAAUGAUUCACUGACCCAGACCAAGAGAUGGGCCUUAGGCCUCCUGGAGGUGUCUUUCUCCAAGCAUAGUCCUUUAGUCUUUGGCAUUCGGUUUCUUGGACCUUUACAGGCUCAUUGUUACAUAUACUAUGCCUUGGGCCCCCUUAUGUCAUUCCCUGUCGCAGUGUACGCCUGCCUUCCUCAAAUAGCCCUGCUCAACAACUUCUCUGUCUUCCCAAAGGUAUGGGAUCCAUGGUUUUUCUUGUUCAUAUUCCUAUUUCUUGGGGCCUAUGGACAAGAUUGCCUGGAGUUCGUCUUAGCCCGAGGGACAAUCCUACGGUGGUGGAGCGAUCAAAGAAUGUGGCUCAUAAGGUCACUGUCUUCUGAUUUAUUCGGAUCGUUAGAGCACAUUAUCAAUCACUUGGGCAUUGCCACAAGAGGGUUUGAAGUAACCAGCAAAGUAGUUGACAAUGAACAAAACAAAAGCGUUGAUUAUGGGUUUUCUGAAAAUCCUAAGGGGCGAAAAUAUGGACUCCUUGAUUUUUCAGAUGCUUAUUGCAAGUUUUGGGGGCAUUCAAUAUCAAUCGUGCAUUCUGCUUUGAUAUCGUUGGAAUUCCGUGCGGCGUCCACGGUGCCCAUGCUAGCAAGCUCGUCAAAAGCAAAUGCAUAG